GAUUUUUUGGUUUAUUGGUGGUUUUUUUGUUUGUUUGUUUGUUUUGCAAGGGAGGUAGCUUUUUGGUGGGGGAGAAUGCUCAGUUCAACAAUAGCUUCGUGUUACUGAAAAUCUUGGUCAGCUUUUAUUUACUGGACAGGCUCUGUUCUCGUGCUGUGCACUCCUGAAGGAAUUUGAUACCAAACAUAACAUGGAGUCUCAUAGCAAUCUACUCCAGAUGUUUUUAGUAAGAUAAGAGUUUUGGCUACUUAAUACAUGUGUGUUAUUCUUAUGUAACAGUUUCUUUAGGCAUUUUCCUAUUCCUUGCUUAUUUGUGUACUUACAAACCUUGCACCUAAUUAACUUUUCUCCUUACUAAACUAAUUAUAUCACUGUCCUUGUUGUGUACUUUAGGGAGUCUAUGGAGAGCAAAGACAUUAUCUUGUAAAACGUCUUCUGUUGAUGCUGUGUGGUCAAACUGUGUCUUUUAAGCGUGCUUCAGUCUGUGUGCUGCUGUUUCUGUUAAAUACGUAAAGCUGUAUGUGCAAAAAGAUGAGUUAAGAACAUUUCUAGCGGACUCAUUCUUGAGUUCCAGCACUAAUAUAGUUUGGUUUACUCUGCAACACCCACUACUGUCCUGUGUAGGAAGGAAAAAGAAACCUGCUGUUCCUAGCUCCAUAAUUGCAAAUGUGUGGCUUUGGAAUUUGUUGCUUCCUGUAAACUUUCUUAUUAGGCACAGUGUUUUCCAGAAACCGGAAGCAUGAACACUGCGCUGGCAAAAAUCAGAUCAGAGUUCAAUAAACACUCUAAAAGUACUAGCAUUGUUUUGGAGGGAGUGGCUGUUUCGUUCUGGCAGCAAACUUCAGCGGUGGAAUCAAAAUGAUGCAAUUGCUACUGGUUAGCAGGAGGGUGAGGAGGAUCUCGAGUCAUUUGUUCACUGAGCAAGAUCUCCAGAAAUGAAGAAAUGUAACUGGUCCCAGUCUAAUCUUGAAAGUGCUAGAAGGUCUGAAGUGGUGAACUUGCUGAUGGGCAUCUUGCUGACGGUGGAAGUGACUCAUCCAAAUACAGUGCCAACUGUUGAUAUCCAGUAUGAAGUCAUUGGCAAUUACUAUGCUUCUGAGAGAAUGGCUGAAAAUGCCUGUGUUCUGUUUGCAAUCUCCCUCCUCAUGUUCACGAUCAGUGCAAUGAUGGUGUAUGGUGCAAUUGCUCAUCGUGUAGGCUGGCUGAUCCCAUUCUUCUGUUACCAACUCUUUGACUUUGUGCUCAGCUGUCUGGUUGCCAUCAGUUCUCUAACCUACCUGCCCAGAAUCAAGGAUUAUCUGGAUCAGUUGCCAGAUUUCCCUUACAAAGAUGAUCUUCUUGCCUUGGACUCCAGCUGUCUCUUGUUUAUUGUUUUGGUGGUCUUUGCUUUAUUUAUCAUCUUAAAGGCAUAUCUAAUUAACUGUGUAUGGAACUGCUAUAAAUACAUCAACAACAGAAAUUUGCCAGAGAUAGCUGUGUACCCUGCUUUUGAAGCUCCUCCACAGUAUGUUCUGCCCACUUAUGAAAUGGCAGUGAAGAUGCCUGAGAAGGAACCUCCACCUCCCUACAUACCUGCCUGAAGCAAUUUUUAUGUUGAUUAACAUCUGUACCAGCUUCCUGGGGGUUUUGUCUUUUAAUCUUGCAAAACUGCUUAAGUAAUAGAAAUAUUCAGGGCUUUAGGAGCAAACCGUUCUGUUUAAAAUGUUUGAUACAAACUUACUAAGCAAAACACAUCUGAGAGUGAUUUUGUUUGCUUUAAUUUUUGUUCUCCUUAAUGCUCUUAAACAUUUUAUUGCCUUAGGGCCUCACACUGCAAGAACUUAUGCAUGUGACUAACUUGUGGCUUUUAAUAACACCAACUGAGCCAAUCUGCAAUUGAAGUUAGCUACAAUUAUAAGUGUCUGCAGGAUCAUGCCCUUAAUUUAUAUUAAUUUUUUUGUAAAGUAGGUCAUAAAGACAAUCUGAUCGUGCAGCAAAAUGACAGUUUGCCUUUAUCCAGUUUCUGGAGGGGGACGGGGUUUGAAUGUGGUAUAUAUGUGACUCUUUUUACUUUGCACUUUCCUGAUAUGUUAUCUUACCUUCAUUGUGGUAUUUUGGUUAUCCCUUGUCUUGAAACAUAGUAGUCUUCAGGAAGAAGUGAGGGUGGCACGAGAGUUCUAUUACCAUGUGCUGCAAAGGCAAGAAAAAUAAAUAGAAAUGUGAA